AUGGGUAAUUCAGUUAGCUGGGUAGCACAAUGUUUAUACCCGAAAGAUCAAGUGUUUUGGGCUGCAGUACAUUACAAUGACGUGGAUGCUAUCCGUUCGGCAACCUUGCGCCUUACGCCAGAGACUCGCAGAUAUUUAGAAUGGCAAGAGCCCGAAACUGGUCGCACUGCACUACUGGAAGCUGCAGCGAAAGGCUAUUGCGAAUGCGCUCGAAUGCUUAUUAAAGCUGGAGCUAAUUGCAAUGUAAAAGAUCUUAGAAUGAAUACGCCAUUGCAUUUUGCAUGCAAACGAGCUCAGUCGGAAUUGGUGCAGCUCCUAUUGGAGGUCCCUACAAUGAUCCCAUUUGAAGUCAAUCUGUAUAUGAAAACUCCAUUAGAUAUAGCACGAAAGCGCUUUUCAACCGAAGAGGUAGAGGAUGAAGCUCAGGCGUAUGCGAAAUGCAUUGAUCUGCUUGAAAAGUCAUUUUAUUUGUACAGUGGAUGGCUAUACGAAAAGACAGAUAAUGUCUUGUCAUAUAUUUCAAGAGUCUCAUCGCUUCAUUCGUGGACACGACGUUGGUGUGUCGUAUUAGAACGUGGAGACCCAGAUGUGCUGGAGUUAGCUUUUUUUAACAAAGAUUCUGACGGAGUGCGUUCUGUGUGCCCAACGUCAGUUAUGCUAUAUAACGUUGCAGCUGGAUCCGAAGUCACGAAUGAUUCAAGCUGGUUAAGUCGUAAAAAGUUUGCUUUCAUUUUGCGCGGUGAUCAUUUGAGUCAAAGUCAUUACAGAGGACCCACAGCAAGUUCAACCGCGAUAUUUCAUGUUUCGCUACUGUAUAAUCUACUCCGAAAGCACGACAAGCGGCGUCCAUGGUGGAGCCAAAUUGAACCAAAUUUACUACUUGGUGCACUUCCAUUGCGAGAUAUGAAGCAUAUGGAGCAGUUGAUCCAGGGUGUGGGCGUGAAAGCUAUUGUAACGAUGAACCAGCCUAUAGAGUUACUGCCAAACUUGAUAUCAACGCCUAUUUCACCAAUCGAAUGGGAGAAUGCUCGGAUUGCUCAGUGUUUUGGCUCAACAGAAGACUUUUCCUCACCGACACUAGAAACAAUCGAAAAAUGUACCAUCUUUAUUCAUGAACAUGUUGAUAUGAAGCAGCAAAUAACAAGAAGCAUUAGAGUUUGUGAAAAGUAA